GCGCCAAACUCGGGAGGCCCAACUUCUGUCCAGUCCUCUGGUCUGGGACGCGGUGAGCAUCGCAGGGGCAAACUUCUACUCCCCUCUUGACCCCCUCCCUAGAAACCCUCGGAGGCCAGCUGUUCCAGGGCCAAAGGUAGGGAGGCUGAUGGGGCUGCAGGGGGAUGGAUGCGAGUUCCCACCUCGGCCCUGCACCCCGGCCUCGAUGACCCCCUCGUUGUCCCCUUGUCCCUGUGGUGCUCGCUGGGGCCUCUCUGAGCUCUGCUGACCUCCUCCCUGGGUCACCAGGACCUCCGCCCUCAGGCAAGGCCACCAGGAUGAUUCCAGACUCCCAGAAGCUCCUGUGGGGUGAACUAGAGUCACUCAAGAGCCAGCUACAAGCUCAGACCAAGGCCUUCGAAUUCCUGAACCACUCGGUGACCAUGUUGGAGAAGGAGAGCUGCCUGCAGCAGAUCAAGAUCCAGCAGCUUGAAGAGGUGCUCAGCCCCAAGGGCCGCCAGGAUCAGCAGGAGCUGUAUGGGGCCCUGGCCCAGGGCUUGCGGGGACUGCAGAGGACCCUGCGUGCCAGCGAGGAGCUGCAGUGGUCCCGCACGACUCGCUGCCUGCAGCUGCUGGCCCAGGAGAUCCGGGACAGCAAGAAGUUCCUGUGGGAGGAGUUGGAGCUGGUGCGGGAGGAGGUGACCUUCAUCUACCAGAAGCUGUAGGCCAAGGAGGACGGGAUCGCAGAGAACCUCUCAAACAUCCAGAAGAUGCAGCGAACGCAGGUGAAGGGUCGCGGUGGAGGUAAGGGGACCCUGCAGGAGGUCCUGACAAAGAUGCAGCAGCAGCAGCAGCAGCAGCAGCAGGGAUAUGAGCCAUCUGCCUGUCCCGAGGCCGAGGAGGCAGUGCCAGGAAGCGACGGCUGGAAGGACGACCUCCAGAAAGAACUGAGUGACAUAUGGUCCGCCAUCCGCGGGCUGCAGAAUUCCAUUGAUGGUCUUACCAUGUCCUCAGAGGCGCCCCGCGCGGCCUCCAGCCUCAGGGGCCACAGGGGACACCGGUGCCUGAGCCCUGGGCUCCCUUCCUGGGACACAGAGCCCCAUUGGGACCCGCCGCCUUUCAGCAAGAACGGUGCCUUCCCUUCCGCUUGAGCAGCCGGGGGCUGCUCGUCCUGAAGAGCCCUCCAGAGAGAAAAUAAACUCCUCACCCCGGACUCCUCUGCU